AUGCAGGAUCCGGGACCAGAUUCCCAAGUGAAGCUUUGCACUUCAUGGCUUCGUAGUGGCAGAAAAAGGUAUGUCAACAAAGCUUCAGAGAACUGUCUCGCGUAUGAAAAGGUUAUUCCGAUUGACCCAAACGCUAGACCCGGCAUUCCCUCUCGCAAUUCAAAGAACCACCUACUCAACAUUCCACGAGAGAUCCGCGACGAAAUCAACAAGUACCUUCUUACCAACCCGAUUCUUGGGAAAGGCAGUUCGGUAACCAUGAUAGCGAAACCUAGGCAACCUUCGUGGAUAAAAGUCGUUACUUCACCCAAAUAUGAUUUGCAUCCCGCAGUCCUCCGUGUCUGUAAGCAAAUGUACCAGGAAGGCUUGCAUAUUUUGUACGAACGCAACGUAUUUUUCAUGGAUUGUACAAAUUGGAUGUAUCGGGGAGGUGCUCCAAAACGCUUAUGGAAGCACAAGUCGAACAGAGUCACGGACAAGUUCCCCGUUACAAAUACUCUGAAUGUCACUCCCCUUACUCGGUACUCCAAACACCAGAAUGUCAGCCCCACUGAUGAAAACUGGAUAUGGGAGGGAGACCAAUGGUUCCUUGAACAGCCACCUUUGAGUCGCCUUGUUGGUCCUCAGGCCAGCUAUGUCAGACAAUGGAAAGUCAUUGUUAGAGGAGGAGUCUGGACUUCCUACCAUAAGUUUGAUAGAUCUGCUUUGGCGCAGUUCUAUCAUGCUGUCUGUCAACGUUCAGGGCUUUCUCUAUCUUUCUUUAUUUGUCAAGACAAGAUCUCAAGAACAGGUCACGGUCCCACAGAGCAUUUGGAUUUUGACGAAAUAUUCUUUCCGCUCAAGGUGCUCCGGAAUGUGGACAAAGUAGAAUUUUGGGAAGCAUAUGCUAGUUCUGAGAAGGUCGUAGGAGGUGGAGAGAUUUCAGAGGAAGUUCCCGGGUACUUUAACAAGAUCUAUCGAGUGGCUAAUGACUCUGCUACUGCUCUCACGUCAGGAUCGCUCGCGGAAAAGUACACGUCCUUGAUGAAAGGGUCGUCGCCAUUGGUCGAUCCUAUUCAUCUCAUGUGUGACUACCUUCUAGCAUACGCCCAAACUUUCGAGCGCGUUGCUGAAUUUAGAAAGGAUAUGGAUGUGGGUACGGAGUGGAAUAAGGUGUUUUUCAAAGGCACGACUAAUCAAUAUAAGCAACCAUACUAUGCGAGUGAAAACCUUCUUCGGCAAGCACGAGAAGCAGCCUUUUUAAAUAGAACUGACCAUUUUAGAAGUCUGCGGGAGCAAUUGUUACUUCAUCUCGAAAAGCAGUACCAAAAAAUCAAUGAAUGCUUCUUCGUACGAUUGUAUGACUUCAUCAAGACGGACAAGCUCUUCCGAGGAAUUCUGUGGUCAGGAAGUUUUUAUAAAGUUGCUUAUGGAUGUCAUGGUCGCACGUUGAAUUUAAAAACACACCAGCGUGUGAAACCAAGUCUGCAAAAGUCGGUCACCGAAAGUCUCAUCUUGCUAGAGGAUUGUGCCGCUUCCUUCACAAGAAGUACGACUACGACCGAUUUACCUUCCAAGUUACGUAUUGUAUAUCGUCUUUAUGGCGCCACUCAGCUUUAUCAAGCGUUGCCAAGAGAACAAUUAAUGCGACGAGUCCAGGAUGCUUAUGUUUCCUUGGAUUACACUUCCUUUCUUCAAUAUUUCAAGGAGGCCGUGGAUGAUAUGUAUGCACAGCAUAGUGAGAUUCGAGAGGCGAGAAAGAAGUUAUUCCAAUGGGAUACAGGUCGUGCUGUUAGAGAAAUUGAUAUCAACGAUGGAGGUUUCGAGGCUAUCAUCUGGGAUGAGCUAGAGCCUGUGGAGUGGACUAAUUUCGAACGGACUGUUGCCGGAUUGGAACACCACAGCGAGUCGGAGGACCGGCGGGUGGCAAUUUCAAAACGAAAGCGACCAUACUAA